GGUCAUAUUAGAAUUUUCCCUUAAUUUGAGAUUGUUGAGAUUGUGUCCAUAAAAGUGACACAACACAGAACAACAAAAAUGGUGCUAACUUCAAUUUCAACAAUCUCUUCAUCUGUAUUCCUUUCUGAUUCUCCUUCAACUUCAAAUUCCAAUUCUACCCUUUUCAGAAACAGACCCUUUCCUUCUUUUCUUGUUGGAUUUCCAGAACAACCCUUUUCAAAUGCAACCUUCAAACUCAAAUCUUCUCCAUCUUUUUCAGCUAUUUCCACUCAACAAGAAAAAGGGUCACUUGAACAGUUUAUACAGUACAAGGAAGGAAUUGAUGGUGCUACUGAUUUGUUACAAACUUCUAUUGUUAGCUAUAAGAAGAAAUUCCCUUGGUCCAUUUUCAAGCCUUUUCUUCAGGUUGAUUUGGUUUCAACUGUUCACAUUGCUGAUAAAGAGUAUUUUCUGGCCCUCCAAAAGAAGCUUGAAUCCUAUGAUUGUGUCCUUUAUGAAAUGGUAGCUAGCAAGGAAGCUUUAGAGAUAAUGAAAAAAGAACCAGACAAUAGGAGUUUUAAGUUUAGCAUUUUGGGAUGCAUUGUCAGACAGAUGGCUCGAAUUCUCAGGCUUGGUUACCAAUCAGAUUGUCUCAAUUACCAGUCUGAAAAUUGGCAACAGGCAGAUCUUGAUUACGAGACCUUCGAAUUACUUACGAAAGCAAAAGGUGAAAAUUUAUUUUCUUCUGCAAACGAUAUACCUCUUGAAUCUAUUGAGGCGAUGUUGCAGCAUUCUAUUCCGGAAGAUCUCGAUCCAUGGAGAUCCAAGCUUUUGUGGGCUUCACGUGUACUUCCUAUGCCGCUUGUUGGCUUUCUUAUCAUCAAUGGGAUUUGUCGAGACUAUCCUGAAAUUGAGGCACUGUCGAAGCUUGAUUUUAGUGCUGCCAUGAAGGUAUUGGUUGCUAAGGUACUGACAUUUGAUUUGGAACAAGAUACGGCAGAGGUAGAUGAGAAAUCUGUAAUAAUUGGUGAGAGAAAUCGAGUUGCAAUCGAGAGGCUCAGAAGUGCAAUGGAUAAGGGACACAAUAAGAUUGCCAUACUUUACGGCGGUGGCCACAUGCCAGAUCUCGGGAGGAGAUUGAAGGAAGAGUUCGAUUUAAUCCCGUCCGGCUUGGAAUGGAUAACAGCUUGGUCCAUAAGGAAAAGGAAAGUCAAUACCAGUUCACUUCCACUUCUGACGACAAUGGCGUUGCUUAUCAUUUCACCGGUCUUGAUGUUGGAUUUGUGGUUUUGGAAGCUAUUCAUUGGCACCGCGGUGAAUUGGGGCUCACAAGUUCUUCGGUUUGUGGGUAAUUAUAAUAUGAUAUGAUCGUUGGAUUCAAAAAAUUCAUACUAAUUACUAAUUAGGAUAAAAAAAAACUUGUAUGUUACAGUGUAAAAAUGAAAAUUUUAUCAAACAAUUAGCUAUUCCCAUUUCUCAAAGUUUUAAGAGCCUACCUCUUUGGAUAUGCAAAGCCUGAAAUGUUGUAGAUUUGUUUUAUUUAUAGUAAUACUCAAAGUGUUCAUCUAUGGAACUAAUAAUCUCAUUUUGCUAAUAAUCAUGUAAAUGAUUACCUGUAUCAUUUGAUUUAAACCC